UCUUGUUCUAUCCUUCGCCGUGUUACAUCUACUCCGUGUAUUUAUGGUGGUACAUACUGCCAAGAUCUGCAGCGCAUCCUCUAGCGUUUAUAUAUUUUCCCCACAGGCAACACGAUAAGUCCAUUUCCUCAACCACAUCCUCAACAUCCUAGCUUUCAAUUGUAGCAUAGUCCGAUAUCCCAUAUAUCGGAUAUCUUGACAACCCUCGAACGAACUGAGGGCAAGAACCAUAAUGCGAUGGCCAUGGUCCUCCGACUUGCAGGACAAAUCGCAUCCGAACCCAGACAACGAUAAACAACAACACCACUUCCCAACGCCCUGGUCCUCACCAUCCUCCCCCUCACCUCGAAACUGGAAUACUUCCCUUAACGCGACCGAUUGGGCUGCAUUCACAGAAACCAGAACCCUCGUCCCAACGCUCAUCCUAACAGGCUCAAUCCUGGCCAUCGUGCGCAUCCACCGUCGCUACUUUCGCCGCUUCCCCGACGCUACUAGUAUUUCACCGUGGUUCUUUCGGAGGAGGAGUAUUUAUGGGCAGGUGACGAGUGUGGGCGAUGGGGAUAAUUUUAGGUUGUAUCACACGCCUGGGGGGAAGUUGACGGGGUGGGGGUGGUUGCCGUGGAAGAAGGUUCCGACGCUGAAGAAGGAGUUGAGAGAUAAGACGGUACACGUCCGUCUAGCUGGCAUCGACGCCCCCGAACUCGCUCACUUCGGCCGCCCUGAACAGCCCUUCGCCCGCGAUGCUCAUACCUGGCUUACCUCCUACCUCCUCCACCGUAAAGUCCACGCUCACGUCCACCGUCAAGACCAAUACCAGCGCGUCGUCGCGAAUGUCUACGUGCGCCGCGCGCUAGACUUCCCCCCGUUCCGCAAGCGGGACGUCUCGUAUGAGAUGCUGAAGCGCGGACUGGCUACAGUCUACGAAGCGAAAUUCGGAGCGGAGUUUGGGGGUGAGACUAUGGAGAAUAAGUACCGAAAAGCAGAGUGGUGGGCGAAAUGGAGAAAGAAGGGGUUGUGGGUGGAUUUCAGCGAGGAUGGGAAGGAUUGGGAGAGUCCGAGGGACUAUAAGACGAGGAUGGCGGCUGCGGAGACGACACAUGAGGAGAAUGGGCAUGGGAAAGGGAAGGGGAAGGGGAAAGAAGAGAAGAAGAGGUGAUUGGGUCGUUUUGGUUGCUUAUGAUUACCCUAGUAUAGUACAGCUAUUGCGAUGAUGAUAUGAGUGAUGACCUUGCUUGCGAUAGAAGUCAUAGAACGGUACUAAUGUAUUAUGAGGAUUG